UCCAAGUGUUGCAUGUGCUGUUGUGUCCUCUCACUUGCCAGGCCAGAACACAGGAUAUGAUGCGAAGACUGCAGACGCCCAUAGUGAAAGAGCUCUCCAGCCCAUGUUUAGGCAAGGGUGAAAUAUGUACAGAGGCUGCUGACCAAAGUACCUUUGUCAAUCAGUCAAUUAGACCCUCUGGUGCAAGGAAACAGAGUGGUAGUCAUUUAUUAUUUACACAAGCAUAUACAGACUCUUUAUGCAUUCAAAAAGACAUGCACAGAUUAUAUUGCAGAUUCUGCUUUAAUUUAGCUUUUCAUAUCCAUAUCAACCCUGGGCUUAAGCCAUUAAGACCUAGCUGCACCACAUUAAUCUCACAUAAAGCUUUACACCACAAAGACUCUCAAAUCCCUCAGCCACACGACCAAGAGAUCGAUUACACAGAGCAGAAGAGAAGGAGAGAUAUUCAAGCUGCACCUUAGCUCCUUCUUGACAAAUCCACUUCCAGUUCACCCCCACCCCCCCCAGCCCUGUCCAGACGGCCUGUAAUAAUACCCACACAUCACCAGGCUUGUGACGCAUCCACGUGACCGCGACGCUUCAGGUCAGGCUGACUGCUGCACUGGCUCUGGCAGAGAGAGUUGAACAGGUUCUGCUGUUGAAACUCCUGGAUAAGGUGUAAGAUAAAAGCAGCUGUUACAGGAACAUAAAGGACAGCAGUCAGAUCAGAUAUGCCAUGGCAGUUCCCUAAGAUUGCUUUGAGUGAUGUGGAUGAGGAAGUUCGUCUGCUAGCAGAGAAGGUGUAUGCUUCAGCGCUAAAGGAAGAGGACACUAAAAAUGUCCUGUCUACGUACACCGUCCCCGAGGACUGUCCUAUCGGCCUGCAGGAGGCCAAACAGAGGGAGCUCCUCAGAGAAUUGGCUGAACAACAGUCAGUGGAAAGUGCCAAGAGGAAGAAGAGUUUAAAGAUUAUUCGAUCUCAGUCUAUGUCACUGCAAAUCCCACUACAUACGGAUAGUGUCCGGGGUGAGGUGGCCCCUCUUAUGUCCCCUGCCUCUACCUGCUCCUCCAUCUCCCAAAACGUCCCUGAGUACCAAAGAGUCACCAUCAGUGGAGACUACUGUGCUGGGAUUACAGUUGAGGACUACGAGCAAGCAGCUAAAAGUCUCCUAAAAGCUCUCUUUAUUCGAGAAAAAUACUCAAAACUGGCAUAUCACCACUUCCCUCGGGCCACUGCACAGUUCCUACGUAGUGCUGCAAAUGAAAGGUGGAGAGAAGAAGAUGAAGUUCUUCCAGAUAUCUGCCCCCGCCCAGGUGAAGGGGAGGACCCUUACAGCAUGGAGAAUAUUCCAGAGGACCUCAACUAUCAGAUGAAGAUAAAGGAUGGCAUUAUUUAUGUAUAUGAAAACACUGAAGCUCUGAGAAUGGACAACCCACACUGUCUGCCUUACCCAGACCUGGAAACAUUUGCUAUUGACAUGAGUCAUGUGCUUGCCAUGAUAGCUGAUGGGCCCACUAAGACCUACUGCCAUAGACGACUAAACUUCCUUGGGUCAAAGUUUUACUUGCAUGAAAUGCUCAAUGAAAUGGCAGAACUCAAGGAACUCAAGGGCGUCCCCCAUAGAGACUUCUACAAUGUCAGAAAGGUCGACACACAUAUCCAUGCAGCAGCAUGCAUGAGCCAGAAACAUCUGCUCAAUUUCAUCCAAACCAGCUAUAAAACGGAUGCAGAGAGGGUUGUACUGGAGAAGUCAGGGCUGAAACUAACUCUCAAAGAAGUGUUUAACAACUUGCACAUGGACCCUUAUGACCUUACUGUAGACUCCUUAGAUGUUCAUGCCGGCAGGCAAACAUUUCAUCGCUUUGACAAAUUCAACUCGAAAUAUAAUCCAGUAGGAGCUAGUGAGUUACGGGAAAUCUACCUGAAGACUGACAACUACAUCGAUGGCGAGUAUUUUGCUCGCUUGAUCAAGGAAGUAGCACAUGAUCUGGAGGAGAGUAAAUAUCAGCAUACUGAACCGCGACUGUCCAUUUAUGGCCGUUCACCUGAGGAGUGGGAAAGCCUCUCCCAUUGGUUCAUUCAGCACAAAGUGUACUCUCCAAACAUGCGCUGGAUCAUUCAGGUGCCUAGAAUAUAUGACAUUUUCAAGUCACGCAAGUUGAUUCCCAAUUUUGCCAAGAUGCUCGAGAACAUUUUCCUUCCUCUGUUUGAGGCCACGGUGAAUCCUCAGAAGCACAAAGAGCUCCAUGUAUUUCUAAAACAUGUGACUGGCUUUGACAGUGUGGAUGAUGAAUCCAAGCACAGCGAUCACAUGUUCUCCUAUAAGAGCCCCAAGCCUGAGCAGUGGACAACAGAUGACAACCCACCUUAUAGCUACUACCUCUUCCAUAUGUACGCCAACAUAAUGGUGCUCAACAAUCUCAGGACCGAACGUGGCCUUAGCACCUUUCAGUUUCGUCCACAUUGUGGAGAAGCAGGUUCCAUCACCCACCUCGUUUCAGCGUUCCUCACCGCAGACAACAUCUCUCAUGGACUAAACCUGAAGAAGAGUCCCGUUCUGCAGUAUCUGUAUUAUCUUGCCCAAGUGCCCAUUGCCAUGUCCCCGCUGAGUAACAACAGUCUGUUCUUGGAAUACUCCAAAAACCCAUUGCGAGAGUUCCUACACAAGGGUCUCUGUGUGUCCCUCUCCACUGAUGAUCCCAUGCAGUUCCACUACACCAAGGAAGCUUUAAUGGAGGAGUAUGCUAUUGCCAUCCAACUCUGGAAGUUAAGCACAUGUGACGUGUGUGAGAUUGCUAGAAACAGCGUCCUGCAGAGCGGCCUUUCCCAUGAGGAGAAAAAGCACUUUCUUGGAGCUAAUUACCUGAAAGAUGGACCAGAGGGGAAUGACAUUCGGCGGACCAAUGUAGCCCAGAUCCGCAUGGCCUAUAGAUAUGAGACGCUGUGUAAUGAGCUCAGCUUUCUUGUAGAUGCAGUAAAGUCAGAGGUCAAUGGAUCACAGUAGCUGUCCAGUACAACUCUGCAAUACCCUCUGUGCCUGUACUUUUAUAUAGGAAUGGAUGCACAGUGGAUCUAAAUUAGUCAUGCUCUGUUUCUCACAUUUCUACAAGCCUUUCUGUAAACACCAUUGUAUCCUUAUGCAAAUGCUGGUCUCAGACUAAAAGUGGGCAUUUCAAGAAGGGUUUGGCACACAUUGCAGUACGUUAGAAUAGCAUUGUGUCCCCCCUGUGGAUAUCUAUCUUCAAAACAUUUAUGGCAGACAAGAUGUUUCUGUGGUAAUAAUGAAAGAUGUCUGGAACAUUCCGCUCUCUCUGUUGCUCGCUACAUCACACACACACACACACACACACACACACACACACACACACACACACACACACACACAAACACACAUGUUGUGUUUCCAUGUUUUAUGGGGACUUUCCAUAGACAUAAUGGUUUUUAUACUGUACAAACUUUAUAUUCUAUCCCCUAAACCUAACCCUACCCCUAAACCUAACCCUCACAGAAAACUUUCUGCAUUUUUACAUUUUCAAAAAACAUAAUUUAGUAUGAUUUAUAAGCUGUUUUCCUCAUGGGGACCGACAAAUUGUCCCCACAAGGUCAAAAAUUUCGGGUUUUACUAUCCUUAUGGGGACAUUUGGUCCCCACAAAGUGAUAAAUACACGCUCACACAUACACACACACACACACACACACACACACACACACACACACACACACACACACACACACACACACACAUCCUCACAGAAUAAUCUUUGUGGUCUAAAAGAUGUGGUCUAGCUGGUAGUGACAUUUUGCACUGUGUGAUCUUACAGUAACACAAUUUUGAGUCUGGCCUGUGUCAGUCCUCCCUGUAAUCUCCAUCUUUUCCUGUCCUUUCUACACUGUCCUAUCAAUUAAUAGAUUUAAUCAAUAGACUUUUGAACACAUGGUUGUAAUUUCAAUCAAUGUACCUGUAGCACAUUACAUACAAUCUGCAUGCAUAACAAAACUAUAUUUGUAUGUGUGCACAUGUAUUUACUUGUAUUUGAUGCAGUGCAGAUUGUGUAUGUUAUCUGAGGCUGGCUUGUUUUUCUUCAAUUGACUUAGUAAGAUAUAACAGACAAUGUCUUGUUGCCUGUAGCAGUUUUAUUCACUGAUAUUAAAGGGAUAGUUCACCUAAAAUAAAAAAAAAACAUUAUCUCAUUGUUUACUCACCCUUAUGCCAUCCCAGAUGUUUUAUGACUUUCUUUUUCUCUGCAGAACACAAAUGAAGAUUUUCAGAAGAAUAUCUCAGCUCUGUAGGUCCAUACAAUGCAAGUGAAUGGUGACCAAAACUUUGAUGCUCCAAAAGUACAAAAAGGCAGCAUAAAAGUAAUCCAUUCAAUUCCAGUGGUUUAAUCAGUGCCAUCUGAAGUGAUCCAAUCAGUUUUGGGUGAGAACAGACCAAAAUGUAACUCCUUUUUCUUUGUACAUUUUUGGCAUUGCAGUCUCUUUGCACUGUCGUGACUUCAAGCUCGAUUACAAUUCAUAGGGCUUGACGCAUACGCAAAGCACUAGAUGGCACUAUAGGAAGUGUACAGUAACUGAGCUUGAAAUCAUGAUCGCCAAGGAGACUGCUUAUGUCAAGGUUUAUAGCGAAACAAGAGUAACAUUUUGGUCUGCUCUCGUCCAAUUAGAUAGCUUCAGAAGACAUGGAUUAAACCACUAGAGUCACAACAUUUGCCUUUUAUAUGCUUUUUGGAGAUUUAAAUUUCUGGCCACAAUUCAUGCACAUUGUAUGGACCUACAGAGCUGAGAUAUUCUUCUAAAAAUCUUAAUUUGUGUUCUGCAGAUGAAAGAAAGUCAUACACAUCUGGGAUGGCAUGAGGGUGAAUAAAUGAUGAGAGAAUUUUCAUUUUUGGGGGAAAUAUCCCUUUUAAAUAGAUUUUGUUUGGCUUUAUGUUCAUAUUUUACAAAUCAUUUUAUAAAGUGCUUUAAAAAUGGUUUGAUUUUCCUGACCUGUAUUUUGUUUGCUUUCCUUUGAAUGAAUUUCACUAUAAUGAACAUGCUCUGUACUUGUCCCCCAACUGUAUUGCCAUUAUUCAUAAUUAUGAUCACAAAUCUACAAGCUAUAAAGUGUAUCUAGUGGUGUGCUUGAACCCUACAAAACCUACAAAAUCAGUUCUGUUUAUGUUGUUGUACUUCC